AUGACUGAAUCUUUAUUUGAUACUAAUUAUGAAAAGAAGGUGGAAGAGAUCUUACCAUCAUUGGAUGAUAAUUCAACCACAUUGAUCAAUUAUCGAGUAUUAAUUAGUGCCAAAGAGAGUGGAUGUUUAAUUGGACAAAAUGGUAGAGUAAUCGAUUCUAUAAGAGAAGAAACCAACACAAAAGCUGGGAUUUCAAAAUUGUUACCAGGAUCACACGAAAGAAUUUUAACUGUAAGUGGAACUUUGGACAAUUGUGCUAAAGCUUUGAGUUUUUUUGCACAAGCUUUGUGUAAUGCUUCUUUGCAACAGAAUGAUUUGAAUAAUUACAGUUAUUUCCCUUUGAAACAAUUGAGUUUGAUUAAGAACAUACCAGGUGAAACAACUAUUUUAAGAUUAUUAAUUCCAAACAAUCAAAUGGGUACCAUACUCGGAUCCAAAGGAAAAAGAAUUCAAGAAAUUCAAUCCAAAUAUAACAUCUCAGUAAUUGCAUCCAAAUCUUUUUUACCAAAUUCAAGUGAAAGAUUAGUCGAAUUACAAGGAACUGUUGACAACUUAUAUGAUUCUUUAAGGGUUAUUUCUCGUUGCCUCAUUGAAGAUUUUUCAUCAAUCGUUGGAACAAAUUACUAUACUCCAAGUGUAAGAGCCAAUUCAAAUAAUACCAACAAUAAAGUCACCACCACAUUAUCUUUCAAUAAUGAUAUAGUCGGUGCUUUAAUUGGUAAAAAUGGUUCAAGGAUUCAAGGAGUAAGAAAAAUUUCUGGUGCUUCCAUAGGAAUCUCUGAUGAAGUUGAAGGCAAAAAUGAAAGAAUUUUCACUAUUACUGGUAGUAGCUAUAAUGUUGAAAAAGCAAAGAAUUUAUUGUAUCAUAAUUUAGAAAGAGAAGAACAAAGAAGGGCUGAGCAAGAAUAA